CAAGUUGCUCAACUCUCCAGUCCUUCCACACACAGUAAAACACACACACACAAAAUCAAGAAGAAGAAGAAGAAGAAAAUCAAUCCCCAAAAUGGUAGCAUUCGCAGCCCUCUCAACCCCAAAACCAUAUCCCCAAUCCCCCAACCUCGAAACCCCCCAAAUCCACCCCCAAUCCGCCCAAUUCCGCCCCCCUCCUCUCCCCACCCCUUCCUUCUCCCUCAAAUCCUCCCCCGCCCCCUCCCCUCCGCCGCUGGUGGUGGUGGGGUCCGCCAACGCCGACAUCUACGUCGAGAUCGAGCGCCUCCCCCGCGAGGGCGAGACCAUCUCCGCCGCCACGGGGCAGACCCUCGCCGGCGGCAAGGGCGCCAAUCAGGCCGUCUGCGGCGGCCGCCUGGCCUACCCGACCUACUUCGUGGGCCAGGUGGGGCCCGACGCCCACGGCCGCCUCAUCGUGGAGGCGCUCCAGGGCGGCGGCGUGGCGCUCGACAGGUUGACCACGGUGGCGGGGGCUCCUACCGGCCACGCGGUGGUGAUGCUGCAGCCGGAUGGGCAGAACUCGAUUAUUAUUGUGGGUGGGGCGAAUAUGGCCGGGUGGCCUGAGAGCUUGGCGGCGGAGGAUGUGGCGGUGGUGGAGAGUGCCGGGAUUGUUUUGCUGCAGAGGGAGAUUCCUGAUUUUGUCAACAUUCAGGUUGCAAAGGCUGCACGGAGGUCUGGUGUUCCAGUCAUCUUGGAUGCCGGGGGAGUUGAUGCUCCAAUCCCUCCGGAGCUACUCCAGUUUAUCGAUAUUCUGAGUCCAAACGAAUCUGAGCUUGCUCGUCUAACAAAUAUGCCCACGGAAAGCUUUGAGCAGAUCAGCCAAGCUGCAGGGAAAUGCCACGAAAUGGGUGUUAAGGAAGUGCUCGUGAAACUUGGAGCCAAAGGCUCGGUACUUUUCACGGAAGGGAAGGAACCAAUGAGACAACCGAUCAUAUCAGCUCCGAAAGUGGUUGACACGACAGGAGCUGGCGAUACUUUCACUGCUGCUUUUGCUGUCGCCCUCGUGGAGGGAAAGCCCAAGAAAGAGUGCCUGGAAUUUGCUGCCGCUGCGGCUUCGCUUUGUGUGCAAGUAAAGGGUGCCAUCCCGAGCAUGCCCGACAGGAAAUCAGUCUCGAAUCUUAUCCAGAUGCAUUAUUAGCUCACCAGGGGCGUAAUAAGAGGACAAGCGUCAUCGUCAUCCGAACUUCCACUGCUUGCAGGCUUGCAAACUCUGGAUCAUAUCAUUCCUCCUCAAAACUAAUUUGAAGUUGUUAACUGCACAUAUUUUUUUUGUUAUUUUUUUAGAAUAUAACUUUAUCAAUAAAUCAUGUGGUGGUGUUUGUCUUUCUUGACAAUGAGUAUUGUUGGGGUUUUUGAAAUUUUGAUUUUAAAUUUUUAUGUCUUA